ACGUCACCAGCUCCUUCUCCGAACCCAACAUGGCGGCUCCCAUGGAGCUGAGAUGCUGGGGAGCGGACUGGGGUUUGCCCUCCGUCCACAGCGAGUCCCUCAUCGUUCAGGCAUAUGCCAAGUUCUCUGGGGCAAAAGUCACAGUUGUUCCUAUUGACUGGACAUGGAAAACUCUCACAGCGACCGUCCCAGAGCUGCUGUGUGGCGACUUUGCCGUUCAAGAACCUACAAAUAUUCUCAACUAUCUGAGAAAACAGAGGUUCAAUGCCGACUAUGAUCUGACCGCCAGGCAAGGAGCCGACACCAUGGCAUACAUCGCUCUGCUUGAAGAGAAGCUACGACCCGCUCUGCUGCACACUUUCUGGGUUGAUGCAGAAAACUACGCCAACCUGACACGGCCGUGGUUCGCCUCGCGCUCGCCAUUCCCUCUGAACUUCCUGGUCCCUAGUCACCACGCCAGCGCCGCCCUCUCCCGCAUCCUUCUGACCAAAGGAGAGGCGCCGCUGCACGGCAUCGCCGAGGUCGAGGGAAAGAUCUACAGCGACGCUAAAGAGUGCCUGAACCUCCUGUCGUACAGACUGGGCACGGCAAACUACUUCUUUGGCAAUUUGCCGACCAGUCUGGACGCCUUUGUGUUUGGCUUCGUGGCUCCGAUCUACAAAGCCAGUCUGCCCAGCAGCCCUCUGCAGAGCCACCUCCGGCAGCUGGGGAACCUCACCAGCUUCUGUGACAACAUCCUCGCCGUCUACUUCAGCCCGGACCGCCCCGGUCCCCCCCCGCCUGUUCAGGAAUCAAUGGAUGCCAACCUCCAGAAACUAACUCAGCUUGUAAACAAAGAGUCCAACUUGAUAGAGAAGAUGGAUGACAACCUGCGCAGCAGCCCUCAGCACAAACCCCACAGACCAGACCCCAAACCCAGUCUGGCCAGUGAGCAGAGCUCCACUCCCGCCUAACCCCGACCGGGCCGCCGUGACCCAGGCUGAUGGACGGAGGAGGGACAGCAUGGAGGUGAAAGGUGCCGUUCCGACUCAGACAUCCUCAAAUCAAAACAUUUCAUCCAGGGAAAAUAUGGUUUGAAUGGAAAAUAACCGAAUAAUUAUUUGGAAGUAUGACGAUAUAUUUAUAGCUAUUAAAGAGGCUAUUUCAUAGAAACAUAAUGAUGAUUGAUUUCAAAGAUGUUGGUCUGAAAGGGAUGGAAAAGUGCAUGUGUGAGGUGAAAAAAAGAAGAAAAGUUUGAGUGCAUGUUUGUGGUCGUGGAUGGAAUUCUCUGAAGUGGUGAAAAAGAAACGGGAAGUUGAAAGCAGAUGAAAGGUGUCACUGUUUGACCUCUCAGCGGAGCGCAGGACCUCUUCUUCCUUUUGUUUUCUGUAAGAAAUGGGUAUUUCAUUCGUGUUGUUCAUUUUUCAUGAAAUAAGUCAAAGAUGAAUUGAUCACCUACACAGUGCAGAUGUGUUUAGUUACUCCAGGAUUUAAAUCUAUUUUUCCUUUAAUCAUGGUGAUCUCAGACCUUAUUUCACUUCCUGUAAAAAAUAUUCUGUAAAUUGUAAUGACAUUUAAAUAAGUGUUAUGUACAGUAUGUAUACAGUCAUAACUAGGACACGUAUGUUGCCCUCAUCUCCUCUGCUUUGUAUAGCUUGUAUAGCUGUAAAUAUUUUCAUGAUGGAAAUCAAUGCAAUUUGCUGGUGAUAUCCUCUAAUAGGGCUGAUCAGCUUCUUCAUCUUUGCUAAAUACACUGAGGUAACUCAUACACACUGUGUUAACUUAUUUAUGCACACGAUGUGGGACUAAUGUGUUUGUGUGAGUUUAACCAAGGACUAUCAGAAACCUGUGUCUUUAAAUUAUAGUUUCUUUGCUUUGCAAGAUAACUAUGUCACUAACAAUUUCCCACAAUCUCACAGACGCAGCGUUUAUUUAGUUCAUCCUUUUUCUUUGUGUGUGUUGUCUUUUGCUAUGCCUCCUCACCCACCUGGGUGAAACCGAAGCGUCUGUCCCCUUUGGGAACGUCUCAUUAGCUGCCUUUCUGAUUUAUUUUUGCUGUCUGAAUUUCUGAGAUUGUACUGUAAAAUGAGUUUGACACUUGUUUUUGUUUUUUUGAAACAUUUUGUUUUAUUGUCCCGCUCCUCAAUAUCCUCACAGCUCACACACGUCUGGACGGUGUGUGCUCCCUGGGAUUACUUUCACGAGGAGCGUUUCAGUCUCAAGGUAGUGAUACUUGGGCUCCUGCAACUUCCAAGUUAAGUAGUUCCGGUCAAAGCAGCAGACCCCAAGCAAAAGCGUGUGUGUGCGUGUGUGUGCGUGCGUGCGUGUGCGUGUGUGUGCGUGCGUGUGUGUGUGUGUGUGUUCUGUCCUAAUGUUGACGCACAACAAUCGGGCUUGUUGGGACCAGAGGGCUGCAGCCUUCAUGACUGCUGGUCUUUGUUCACUCGUCCACAUGUGAGCAGUUCUGAUCCGUUGCCACACGUUAUCUUUUGUCAUUUCUGUUGCUGCUGUUCAUUCUCUGUGACGGUCGUCACAACUGUCUUAUUACUGAGAAAUAAAUACGAUAACUCAA